UUGUAUGUUGUACAUCCUUCACAAAGAAUAUUCAUUCAACCAUUGGCCAUAAGUUUCUUUUAUUCCUCCUCUUCUCUCUUCUCUCUCUUCUUUCAGCAACUCGGUAGAGUCUGCACAUUCAAAUCAUGAAACAUCCUUACCCAAAAGGCAUUUUUCAUCCAAUGAUUGGAACUCGACUUUUAUAUCACGAAACUGAGCCAUGUCCAAACCUCCCACUGACUUAACUACCAAUUCAUGCAUUGCUUUUCUCCUUUAUUGGAUAAGAAGUGACUCUGUUACGACGAUGAUCGAUGUCAAGCGCGUCUUUUCAACUCUUUCGCGCCCGAGAGGAGUUUUCCUUGAACACCUUGAAGCAAACCGGGUUUGGGUGAUCAAACCUUACCUAUUUUCAUCCAUUCAUUUCUGUCCUCAGAAGAGAAUAAGUUCUAGAGCUUGUACAUGAUGGUCAAAGAAUCUCUAGAUAAUCUAUGUGUGAUUGGAUUUCCUUUCAUCUUUGGGGAAAUCAUGGGAUAAUAAAGAGUUCAUUCACCCCACAAUAGCUACAUCUUUUGGCGUCAAAAGUUGAGUCAAAGGGUUUGGGGGAUUUCUUCUUUCAAUCUUCAUACACAUUCACCUUUUCGUUUUCUUGUGUCUGUUGUCUGUUGUCUGUUGUCUAUUGUCUAUUGUCUUUUGUCUAUUCACGAAGACUAUAGGACGAUUUCGAAAGAAUCCUUAUUUCUAUUGUUAGAAUCAUUCAAACAAUGAAGUCAGGACUUCAAUAACGAACAAUUGUUUUAUUUAAUAUAUCUUCUUCUCCUCCUGUCUAAGAUUCGGAAUCUGUUUCUUACUUUUUUGACUUUGAAAAUUAUCAUACACUUCUUCACCAUCUUUCUAAAACUUCUAUACACAACUACAACUAUACAACACAACUUGGCUUUACCAAGUUUCAUACUUAAUUUUUACUACUUACAUACUUUGAAAGUAUUCCAAAACUCUUCCGUCUACUGUAGGCAGUUUACUACUACACUUAUUUACCCCAACUACUCGGAAUUCAUACAUAUAUUCGUCCCUUAAUACAAUAUAAAUCACAAUGUUGAACGUCAAACAAGCCGGUCGAGGCUUCGUUAUUCUGAACAUCAUCCGUGUUAUGAACAUUAUCGCACUCCUCGAUGUUAUCGCAGCAAGUUGGAUCAUGCUUGUCAUGACCGUCAAGACCUCUAACUUCUUCUUCUUUGAUGGAGUUUCUCACUUCAUCACCAGCUCCAUCGGAAUCUUCCUCAUCAUCUCAGAACUCUCCCUUUUCAAGAAAUACUUUGAGAAUUUCUGGCCUCUCCUCUGUCCCCAUAAUGGUUUCCUCUUCCUCGGUCUUUCCAUGUUAGCUCUUGGUUUCAAUAUCCUCGGAAACUUGAACAAGAAUGCCACUUCUGUUCAAAACUUAGGAUUACCCAUGUGGCGUGUGGUUAUUUCUUCAGGAUGUCUUUCAGCUAUUCUAGGAGGUAUCAAUUGUAUUGCCUCCCAAAUCUUCACCACCAAAACCAAAACCGCACGCCAACUCCGCGCCCACGGCGCCACCGACACUCCCAACCCUUACGAAAAACGUCUGUCCCUCCCCUCCUCCAUCAACAACGAUCUCCCCUCUUACUACACCAAUCCCGCCGAACGCCGCAAAUCGCGCUUCCCCUUCCGUCUCCCUCUCCGCGCUUCCCAAAUCCACAUCUCCAAACCCGUCAUCUCGGACCCGCAACCCUUCCACCCAGAUCUGGAAGUCGGCGAAAGCUAUGAUCAUCAGAAAAUGGAUAGAAGCAGUCCGAUCGUACCGGGUGUCGAGAGACCACCUACCGCAAUGCAUCCUGCGAAUUUGAGACCCCCGCCUGCGCCGAGAAGUAGCGUCUAUAGUGUUGCGAGUAACGUGACGAGGUUUACGAGGAUUUAGAUGGUUUGGGCGUGGACAGGGCCAAUUUGGCGGGAAUGGAAGUCGAUCAAUCGAUCGAUCAAUCAAAAAGUUUAGUUUAGCUUGGCAUGGCAUAGCGUAGCGUAGCUUAGGGUAGGAUAGGAUAGGGUAAAUAGCGAGCUUCUUAUGAUCUAGGAAUACAUUGCGAUGGAACUGGUGUUUAAAGGUGUUUAGGGAAUGGAUGAAUGUGCGGAAUACCCCAAUGAUCCUUUUUUGCUUUUUUACUUUCUUGUCUUGUCUUUUUUACGGAAGAAAAACAGGGGUUGAUGAGAUGGCAUGGGAUGGGAGGGGAUGAGAUGGGAUGAGAUGAAUGAGUAAAUGGAUUUCCUAAUGAUGAUUCACGAAUUUCAUUUCUAUACCC